AUCAAAGCUUAGCACUGAGUAUGAGGUUAAUAUUUGUCGAGUCUCAUUUCUAAUACCGUUCGUCUUUGUCAAACCCCUGAUGAGCUUUGCGCAUUCCACUCGCAGUGGCUCGCUUGCUGUUGAACAUCUGGCCUCCCAAUUGGCUAAUCACAAGUCUCACUCCACUUUUCAACCCCUUCCAAGGCUGUCAUCAUGUUCCUCCCUUCAGUUCUCUUCACCACCAUGGCUUCUUCAGCAGUAGCGACCAAUUUCCUCAAUCAUGACCAACUGCUCAAAGACUUGGAAGAUCGUGAUUGGUUUGACAAAAACAUACCUAUCCUGGAUGUCCCUGAUAAGCAAAUACAGGAAGUCUACUACUACCGCUGGCAAGUCUACAAAGAGCAUCUUGUUUACACUGGAGCCCAAUAUAGUUAUAUGGCCAGCGAGUUCUUGAGCCCUGUCAGCUACGGCGCUACUUAUGGUGGUAUCGUGGCUGCCGCUGGUCAUCACAUCACUGAAGGUCGCUGGCUGCGUGAUACCAAGUACGGACAGGACAUCGCAAAUUAUUGGUUGUCAGGGCCUGGCCAAUUCCCCAAACCAAUGAGGGACGAAGUCAAUAAAGAUACGUCAGACUGGGCGCACGAGUACAGCUUUUGGGCUGCCAGUUCCUUAUGGAAGCAGUACUUGGUAACAGGAGACCGUGACUUCAUCGUUGGCCAGCUCGAAAAUCUCGUGAAGCAAUAUCGAGGCUGGGACAACCACUUCAACGAUGCUCUUGGUCUUUACUGGCAGGUUCCCGUUUGGGAUGCAACAGAAUAUACGGCCGCGUCCUAUGAGUCCAGUGAUCCCUACCAUGGUGGAGCUGGCUUUCGACCCACCAUCAAUUCUUACCAGUAUGGUGAUGCUGUAGCGAUAUCGCGAAUCGCUGCUUUGAGGGGCGACUCCAAUCUGGAGGAGGAAUACCGAAAUCGUGCUGAAAGUCUGCGAGUUACCAUGCAAAAAUAUCUUUGGGACAACAACAGCAAAUUCUACAAGCAUCGGGCUCGCGACAGUAACCCGUCCGGUACCUUGCUGGGCACCCGAGAAAUCAUGGGAUAUCUUCCUUGGACGUUCAGCAUGCCCAGUGGCGAUUCCAAGAUGGCCGCAUUUUCACAGCUCAUGGACCCUCAAGGCUUCUCUGCCAACUAUGGUCCUACUACAGCCGAGCGACGGAGCAAGUGGUUCAUGCACGAGGCAGAAAACUGCUGUCGCUGGGAUGGACCAUCGUGGCCAUUUGCUACUGCGCAAACUCUAACUGCCGUCGAAAAUGUACUCCACGAUUAUCCUGCGCAGAGCUACAUCACCUCGUCAGACUAUUUCAGCAUGCUUCAGGGAUACGCGAGAACACAAUACAAACAUGGCAAGCCUUAUGUCGCUGAAGCACAUCAUCCGGACACGGACGCAUGGAUCUAUGAUGGAGCAAACCACAGCGAGGACUACAAUCACUCAACGUUUGUUGAUAAUGUUUUGGCUGGUUUUAUAGGUCUUCGAGCACAGUCUGAUGACACACUUGUCGUUAAUCCUCUGGUCCCUGCAUCUUGGGACCAUUUUGCUGUUGAGAACGCAGCGUAUCAUGGUCAUUCAAUCACUGUACUCUGGGACAAGACUGGAUCGUUCUACAACCAAGGCAAAGGCUUACGAGUUUAUGUCGAUGGGAAAUUGGCUGGCAGUCGUGACACCGUAGGAUCCCUCAAAAUUGAUGUCGGUCCGCCGUCUCAAUCAGUCACCUCUUUUUCGGUCAACAUCGCGGCCAAUGGUCAGCGAUUUCCUCAGCUUACCACUGAUUUCGCUUCCUAUACUUUUUCUGUUGACGACGCAGUGCGAGCAAUCGAUGGUAUCGUUUGGCGAACUGGAAUUCCACAGAAUAGUCGCUGGACUUCAUACAAUAGUCCAAACCCAUCAGACCACUUUGGUGUCAAUCUACGCAGGAAUCAAGUUGUAUGCAAUGUGCAUCUGUUCUUUUAUGACGACGCCGGCGGUGUUCGUAUCCCUUCAACGUUUAAUCUUCAAUACUUGUCGGGAAACACUUGGAAGACUAUCCCUGGACAGACCCGCAGCCCAAUGCCAACCACUUCAAAUUCUGAGACCAAGAUUACCUUUCCUGCGAUAUCCGCAUCUCAAAUUCGUGUUGUGGCACCUAAUGCUGGAGCUGGCGUAGGCUGGGGGCUUUCCAAGUUCGAAAUUUGGACACCAGCCAUCUUCCACAUCCGCAACGAGAAUAGCGGUAAGCUUAUGGGCGUGGAGAACAUGUCGACUGCAAAUAGCGCCAACAUACAACAGUAUGAGGACAACGACUCAAAAGAUCACUUUUGGCGGUUCAUUCCGAGUCCUGGUGGGUGGUGGAAGAUUCAGAAUCUGAAUAGUGGACUGUUGCUUGCCGUUCAAGACGCCUCAACUGCCAACAGCGCAAAUUUACAACAAUACGCAGAUAAUAGUACUGAAGAUCAUCUAUGGAGAUUGGAGUCCAAGGGAGAUGGCUUGUUCUUGAUUCGGAAUAAAAAUAGUCAAAAGUUCGACGAUAGCGGUACCAAAGAUCACUUAUGGAGCAUCCUGCCAGCCGUUGCGGAAGGGUGUCCGAAGUGACUAUGAGCGUGUAUCAUUUGAAUGCGAAACUUAGGCUGAUUUCCUUUCUGUGAUUGGCCACAUAUACCGGUGUGAUAGUUAUCUCUUUGAGUGGCAUAAGACUUCAAGACGGUCACGACCGGGGUGUAGGGCCAAUCAAAAUGAGCGCGACGACCGG